CCAACAUCCCGAACUCACGCCAUCCGAACUAGAACAGCUUCAAUGGCUUCACGAAAGGGUUCUGCGCUGUCUGAUCAUCGAUUGCAUUUUCAGCCGCAGAUGUGUUUCCCGCAAACAACAAGAUGUGUAACGCAUUUUGCCCAUUCUGUUCUCCGGACAGAGUUGGCUUCACAAGAGCCAAGCACUACAUUUAAGGGCGUCCAGUUACUCGUUAGCCAUGUCUCUGUUUUCUAUUCCACACCGAACCACCUAGACGACCAAAGCUUGCUCUGACUACUCCAUUAACAGCUUUCGAUAUUCGCCCACGAUGCCCGCCAUUCGUCUGGAUUCUCUGGACGCUCGGUCGAUUCAAGGCCGAGCAGACGAGGCAAAGGACUCGGCUUACAUAGCCGCUUUGAUUGUCCUGGGCCCGUUGGUACUAGUCUUGGCAUUCGCUGCCCUUGUGUACCGGAGGUGGAAUAGUUCGUCAUCGAAGAAACUAAUGGAGGUAUCUGCCGAUUUUCAAAAGCAUCAGAAUGAUGCAAAGGCUGAAGAAGCCCGGAUCCAGGCAUUGCUGGACUCGGCAAAUGCGGCAAACCGUGUCGUGGAAAGGGAAAACCGACGGCUUAGACGAAUGGCCUCCAGGCUUCCUGUACUUGUGCCACCCAGUGCUAAAUCUCCGCCUUCUGGCAACAGUGGAGAGGGAGAGACAUACCACGACCUGUUUGAGCACCCACCUAGCGGGGAUGAUGCACGGGAGCGAUCGAGCUUUGAACCAAUUCACAAUGGUCCACGACCUCUGCCCAGUCAUCGAUCCCUCCGUCAAUCCGAGCCAUUUGAACUUGGGGGGACUCAAGAGAACCUCCCGAAUGAGGCUACCGAGAUAUCCGAACACAGCCCCAAACCAACUCAAGGUACCCGGCAGCACAUUGUACGAGAAAGUUUCCUUUCGGACCCCAACAAGGCUCGCAAAGAAAGACUCGGUGGCGGGGACGAAGAGCAGCAGAGACCAGAUUUGGAAUGGGACAAUGUCGAUCUUGACGAAGACGCCACAGUUUGGCCUUUCCAAGGAGACGAUACCGACCUCGAAUCUUGUUAUUCCAUGGGAACAGUCCUCUCCGCUCCCGAGGUCAAUCAAGUGAACGAACCGAAGAAGGCGAGGAUCGCCUCUCCCACCAUGGAUCAAGUCCUCGCGAGAGAACGGGAGACAAGGGUUCGCAUCGUCGAACCAUGAAGGCAGGUGCUGGUUUAGUUGACUUGGG